AUGAAUUAGACCAAUUCUAAAUUAGAAAAACAAGUGAUAUUUCCGAAACAAUAAUGUCUCCUUCCAAGUCUGUAUUGUGAUUACAGUGCAAGGAAAAAAUAAAAAUUAAAGACUUAUUUCCUCUAAGAGAAAUGUUCUUCAAUUAGUCCUAAUAAGCAGACUAUCAAGACAUAGAGAGAUCUGACUAAGCAAAUGGAUUCUGAAAGAAAUUCAGAACUUUAUUCAUUUGAUGAUGAAGUUAGCAGAUCUGCUCGGUUUUAGAGAAAAUCAAGAUUGCAUCAACGAAAGAAAAUCCUUAAUCAGCCUAUUCUAAACAAAAAUAAGCCUUUGUUAACAGAUACACAAAUUGAAACAGACACUCCUUACUUCAAAGAUAAGGAAUCAUCUUUUAGUUAGUCUAAUGAUGAAAAUGAGGAGAAGAAUGAAAACAAAAUUGAUUUAAAACUUGAAGGGGAGACUGGGAAGGCCUUGAAAUAGAUAAGUCAUAAAAUAAAUCAAGAGUUGAACAACUCAUUUUAUCAUUUUAUCAAAAAAUCAGAAAAGAUGAAAGAUUUGAUUCUAAAUUUUCAGCAAAAGGAUAAUUUGAGUCCCAUUCAUUAUUAUUGCUUAAAUGAAAGCAUAUUUCCUAAAAGAAUCGAACUGAGUAAGCAAGAUGUGAAAGAAAUCAAUUUAUCAGAUUUAGGAUUAACCCCAAAAUAUAUUCCAUUGAUUAGAAAUUUAUUAAGUUAAAAACGAGACAAAAAUAUCAAAUCAGUGGAUAUCAGUCAAAACAAAAUUAAUGAAUGGUCAUUAAAGUUGUUAAUUGAUGUAUUCCCCUUAAAAGUCAAAACCAUUAAUUUAUCUCUUAAUUAAUUAAACCGUCGAGGAGCAGUACUUCUGUCUGAACAUUUGAAUAAAUUUGAAAAUCUGAGGAACUUGAAUUUAAAAGGAAAUCAAAUAGGGGAUAUAGGAACUGCAACAAUUUUAGAGGCAUUAAAACCAAGUUUGAAAAUCAAAAAAUUAAAUUUAUCAGACAAUGCAAUUUCUGAUUUGAUUUGCAAUGAAUUAAAAGAAUUUAUUCUAAAAAACUAGGCCUUACAAGUCUUAAGUCUAAACUGGAAUUAAUUGGGACCUAUUGCUGGAUUGCAUAUUGCAAAGGGGUUGAAUUACAAUAAAUCAAUUAAGGUAGUAGAUUUGAGCUAUAAUAAAAUUGGAUAGAGUGAUAAUAAUUAUGAUUGUAUCAAAGAAUGGUGUUCAUUGCUGAGUAACACCUAUACUGAAUUGAUUCAUCUGGAUCUGUCUUAUAAUUAGUUUAAUUAGAAAUAGCUCUAAUUAAUUAAUUAUUCAAUUCUAAAGAAUUCACGUUUGUAUGGAUUACAUGUUGAAGGAAAUAAAUGUUUGGCUCAUGUUGAUCCUUUGGGAUUCAUACAAUUUCCUUAGUAAAUCAAAGGAAAAUAGAGUAUGCAACCUAAACAUUAAAAUAUUGAUGGAGUUAACUUCAUUCCAAUGUUAAAUGAGAAUGAAAAUGGAUCUGACUGUUGUUGGAUAUGCCAAGGGUGGAUGGAGUAUCAUUUUGUUUAUGAGCCUGAACCUGAAGAAUCUCAAACUGAUUCUAUAUACUUGCACUUAGAUUUUUUAGAUUUCAAACCCAUAUCGAUGACUACAAGUAAGGAAUUAUGGAAAUAACUAAGUAGUAAAUUCAACAGUACUACUGUUUUGGAAGAUCUAACAACAGGAGAGAUAAUUCAUUAGUUAAAGCAUACUUUUAGUGCUGGUAAGAUUAUUACAAUGACUGCCAUAAAUGAUGCCUACACUGAAGAUAUUAAGACUAAGGAUGAUAUGAAAUCGAUAUUAUCAGAGUUGAAUUCAAAGUUCUUUUUCACUUCAUAUCAAAUGUGUCCUCCCAAUCAAAAAAUACUUUAUUUUUUUUCGAAUCCCACUGGAAAGGGGAUAUUUAUAAAUCCAAGAUUUCCAAUAAUAUCAUUACGAUCUGCAGAGAAUAUUGAAUUGACUAUGGAUAAAGAGAAAGUAUUCUUCUACCCAGAUGGAUCUCAGAUCUCAUUAUCUCAGGUAGAUUAAGUGAAUUAUUUUCAAACUAAAUAAAUGUUUGUUAUUGAUUAGAAGAAUUAGUUCAAGCCUCUGGUAAAGGUAAUUCCUAGAUGUUUAGAGAAUAAAUACUUUUUAAAAAGAUUUGCGGUUGAUGCAUCCAAACAAAAAUCAAAUUUGAUUUAUUGGUAAAAGGAUUAAUCAGCCUUUAAAUCAUAUUAAGGAGACACUGAGGAUGUCUUGGAUGAGUGCUUUCAAUUUGAUUGGAAUUGUAUGGGCAUUUAGCAUUUUCUAAAAAGUUAAUAGGAAUUAGAAGGAGUAGUUGAGAUUAUGAGAUUCCAUUAUGCAUAGAUAAAGAACAUCUACAAGUAUUAUUCAAGCUUUGGGUACAAUGCUAAUAAACAGCAGAAUGGUUAUCAAGUAGAAACAUUUAAUAUUCCUCUUGAUUUGAUUUAUGAUCUCACCCAAGAAUUGUUACCUCAAGGCAUAUAAAUUGAGGAGGUAUAAUCUUAGGUGAAUUAAAUUAAAUACAAUUGCGAUUCAAAAUUUAUUUAUAAUCCAGAGAAUGGCUUCGUUAGAUAUUAGUUUAUGGAAUUCCUAUUUAGAAUAGCAUUUCUAGUGACUAAGUAAAAAUGGAAACCUAGACUGAUUGUGGAUGAAGUUUAUCGAGUUUUCCAAGUAUUAGCAGAAAGAUUUGCAGCAUUUGAUAACCAAUAGUAAUGGAGAGAAGAACGUUUGUGGACAAAAGAGUGUGGCAAUCUAAUUUAUAUAAAAUAAGGUUUUAUUCAGAGAUUACAUGAUUAUGUGGCAUGCAUUCAAAAUAAGAAAUGGACUUUCAAAUUAAAGUGGAUAGCAUUGACCGAGUUCCUAGAAUUUUGCAGUUUAAUGGGAUUUCAGUAAUUCCUCAGUGAAACUCAAUUAAAAAUCAUUUACAAUUUGGCAAUGUAGACUCAUUAGGAUGAAUUGACUCAAGAUAGACAUUUAAGGAUGUCUACUGUUGAGUUCACAGAAGCUUUAGCUAGAAUUGCAGAAUAUAUUAGUCCGAAUGAAGGCGAAAUGAAUAGUGCUACGACCAGUAGGUUGGUGCUUCCAUUGCAUAUCAAAUUAGAAAACGUGUUAACACAUAUUUUUGAUACGUUGAGGACUCUUAAAGUGAAUAACUUCGAAAGUUUUAGUAUAUACUUUAGCUAGAAUCCGAAUCUGUAUCCGAUUUUGCCAAGGGGCAAUUAGGUCCAAUCAGAUUAAUAUGAAUGCACAACCCAAGAGUUGAGGAUUUAUAAUACUCUAUCCUAUUUGAAAAUGUUUAAGACCCCGUAUCUGCAUCCGAAUUAUAAGUAAUUCUUAGAAAUACCUUUCCAAUUCGUUUAAGCUUAGAAACAAAAGAGAAAUGUGGUGGAAAGAUAGAUGACUCAAAAGUAGAAACUGUUGAAGUUGAAGGCUACAUUAUAAUUACUGUGA